AUGACUGCAAGUGGUGUCGGCACCGAGCUGUCGGCAAAACGCCGACAGUUUGCGGGUGAGUCUGGAUUCAAAGGCCUCGUGAGCAAUGGCAGGACCUUCGCGAUCGCUCUUUUCGCGUCUUUGGGAGGCCUAGUUUACGGAUACAAUCAAGGAAUGUUCUCGUCAAUUUUGACUAUGAACUCGUUUCAAAAGCAGAUCAAAGGCUAUGCCGCCGAAACCGGAACUAAACAAGCCAUCGUGACUGCAAUCCUGGAGCUUGGCGCAUGGGUAGGCACUUUGCUGAAUGGAUGGCUUGCAGACGCAAUUGGCCGACGUGCAACAACAAUUCUUGCUGUCAUUGUCUUUUGUAUUGGUGUCAUAGUCCAAGCGAAUACCAAGGCCGUCAGCUACAUUCUUGGCGGACGAUUUGUCACCGGCUUGGGUGUGGGUAGUUUGAGCAUGAUCGUACCUCUGUACAAUGCAGAGCUGGCCCCGCCAGAAAUUCGUGGUUCUUUGGUCGCCGUUCAGCAGUUGGCAAUUACCUUUGGUAUUAUGGUCAGUUUCUGGAUUGGAUAUGGAUGCAACUUCAUCGGCGGCACGGGCGAGACUCAAUCGCAAGCUGCGUGGCUGGUUCCAGUUUGUAUCCAACUGGCCCCUGCUAUAGUACUUGGUAUUGGCAUGGCAGUAUUCAUGCCCCAGUCCCCCCGUCACUUAAUGAACACAGGUCGCGAGGAAGAAUGUCUCGAAGUUCUGGCUUGGUUGCGUGGUAGAAACACGGACGAUAUGCUGGUCCGCAUUGAGUACUUAGAAGUCAAGGCCAUGCAUAUGUUUGAAAAGGAGACUUCUGCCACGAGAUACCCGCAGUACCAAGAUGGAUCUAGAAAGAGCCGCCUCAUGAUUCUCAUCAAUGACUACAAAUCUCUUGUGACUAACCCUUCUCUUUUCAAACGUUCCACUGUUGCUGUGAGUAGCGUUGAUGAAUCCAGUUUCCCCACUCUUAACCACUUUCUGAUCCUUGAGCCUCAGUGUUUGAUUAUGGUAUUCCAGCAAUGGAAUGGAAUUAAUGCCAUCAAUUACUACGCGCCAUUUAUCUUCAAAGGCAUAGGCUUGACCGGUAACACCAUUGAUCUUCUUGCCACUGGUGUCGUCGGCAUCAUGGAGUUUGUUUUCACCAUUCCCGCCGUUCUAUGGGUUGACAAGUUUGGAAGAAAGAGCAUUCUCAUUGCUGGUGCUCUUGGCAUGGCAUCAUGUCAUUUCAUCGUCGCGGGAAUAAUCGGCGCCUACAAAGAUAGCUUUGAAACACACAAGUCUGCUGCCUGGGCUGGGGUGGUCUUCGUCUGGAUUUACUGCAUCAAUUUCGGUUAUUCAUGGGGCCCAGUGGCCUGGAUUGUUGUAUCGGAAGUAUUUCCUUUAUCCAUGCGUGCCAAAGGCGUCGCUCUUGGUGGAAGCAGUAACUGGCUCAAUAACUUUGCCGUUGGAAUGGCUACUUCGCCUUUUAUUUCCAAUACUCAAUUUGGAGCAUUCAUCUUUUUCGGUUGCGUCACCUUGAUUGGUGUCUUUUAUGUCUGGUUCUUCGUUCCCGAAACUAAAGGCCGUACCCUUGAGGAGAUGGAUGAGCUCUUCGGUGUCACAGGUAUCGCGGCUGCUGAUGAGGAGCGCAAGCGUCGGAUUGAAAGAGAAAUUGGUCUACUAGCAUUGCUUGGCGAAGAUGAUGGAUACAUCGAAGAACCCAAGACUGGCUCAGAUGAAGUAAUUGAGCACAAGGCCCAGGGUGUGGAGCCUAUUGAACUUGCAUCAAAAGAUGCGUAA